UCGUGUUACUUUUGUCCGGCUUUGACACGGUCGGCGGCGUUGUGCAUCAGUGAAUGAUUUGGUGCGCGCAAGCGUGAUACGGGAUUUACAACAUGGCGGAACGCAGGAAAAACAGGAAACGCAAAGACGAAGUCGCCAGUUCGGAUGGUAAGGUUGCCGAGGACAAACCGUCCAAGGAGGAGUACGAUGUCGCAAAGUGGAUUCGGAAUAAUGUACCGUCGAAAAAGACCAAGUUUGACAGAACUCACAAUGUCGAGUACUUCACGGGAUCUCGCGCGGUCGAUGCCCUAUUGGAAAAUUCACCCUGGAGCACCGUAUUCGAGACACGAGAGCAGGUGUCCGAUUAUCUCGACGUGAUGUUGAGACACAAAUUCUUUCACCGGGCAAAGAAGGUAGUGAUUUCGGAGGAGGAGCUCAAUAAAAUGAGAGGCAGUAAAAAAAAAGCUACAAAAGAAGACAAAAAAUCAUUGGAGAAAGAAGAUUCCAAGGAGAGCAAAGAUGUGAAGGAUGAGAAAGGGGAAGAGAAAGUUGAUGAACAAAAAGAGCAAAAAAAGAAACCAAAAGUACGACUGGAAAUGCAUAUGGAUCAGUAUUUUGUGGACUGUAAUGAUGCAUAUGUAUGGAUAUACGAGCCGGUUCCUGUGUACUAUUGGUUCUUUGGUACACUCGUAGUUCUAGCCGCAAUAGUAGUGUGUCUCUUCCCAUUGUGGCCGCUAACUAUUCGUCACGGAGUAUAUUACUUGAGCAUUGCAGCCGCAGGAUUUCUCAUAUUCAUACUAGCGUUAGCUAUUUUCAGAAUGAUUGUAUUCUGUCUUCUGUGGAUUCCCACAUUGGGUAGAUGCCAUUUAUGGUUGCUACCUAACUUAACAGCCGAUGUUGGUUUCUUCGCGUCCUUCUGGCCAUUGUAUCAGUAUGAAUAUUAUGGUUCCACAUCCGACAAUGACAAGAAAGUCAGCAAAAAGAAACGAAAGAAAGAGAAGGAUUCCGAUUCUGAGGACGCGCCUUUGAUUCAAUCGGAAGAGAAAUCUGCAAAAGAAGAAGAACCUAAGGAAGAAGUAUCGGGAGUCGAGGAAUCGUCACCCAGCGAAGAAAAAAAGACUUCGUCUGAUUCUGCCGAGGGGGAAGAUGUCAGCGAAGAAGGUUCUGAAAGUGAAAAAUCUAAUACGGGUCGAGAUUUUGUUAUGGUUUAAGGAGAAAGAAAAAGACGGGGGAUGGCAUAGUUUUAUAAACGACGAGAAGCUGUGUGUAGCUUCAAAUUUGCAGGGAUGAAAAGUUAUAGAAAAUUCGAUGUUAUUUGUAUAACGUAUUCAAAGAUAUAAGCGAAUACAAGUUUCUGCCGUUAUAAGUUUUUUUGCAGGUGGGGCAAGGCUGUUUUGUUUUUUUUAUCGAGACACAUCUUCAAACAUCCUGCACAAAAUAUGUGUCCGCAACGGAAUAAUGGGUUGCAGAUCGAACGAUAACAUCUCGAAACAUAUUGGACUUAAACCUUGAACUUUUCUUUGUAUCCGAUUCGACAUCUUCCGGAAUAACAUCGACAACUGUUUUUUUCUUUUUGUUUCAUUCACACAACGUUCGAAAGUGUCUGAUUAAUUCACAGUUUCCUAAAGAUUAUAGAUAACAACGGUCUCCUACAAAUUCUUUUGCGUUGUUGGGUAGGCUCUUGGUGUUUCUUUAGUCAGAUCAAUUAUGUCAAUCGGUGUUGAUGACGAAGAACUCUUUUUUACUUCUCAUUAUUUUUGUGUAUAUUUAUAUAAAUUUAUACGCAAAAAUAAUGGAAAAUAAUUUUGUGUAUACUCAUAUAUUUAUAUUAUCUAUCUGAGAAAACUUCCUCUCACGAUCAAAAUUUUGUUUUCAAUUCUCUUCGCAAUUGAUCGACUUUUUGUUCAAGUUUUGUUCUCCUCAAGAGAUACGGUUGAUUUCUUUGGCUGAAAAACUGACGCGACAAACACCCGAAAUGUGAUACUUUUGUGUAUACACAAUAAGUAAAACGCUGAAACUCUCGUUCUCGUGCACAGCUGUGCGCUAUUUUCGCGAUAGUUCGCAAAUCCACGCGAGAAUUUGAAACUGACCGAGAUUAAGACGCACGACAACUCUCGCGUCCGACGAAUCGAAAAAUCUCGAACCGACGGAAAUCAGACUUGAAGCUCGGAUGAAAAGUUUAUAUUACUUGUCUCUCAUUAAUAAUUGCUGAAACCGAUAUAUGCUUGCAAUAUAUUAAGAGAAUCUUUUGUGAAGUUGUCGAAAAAUUGAAAGAGGAACGAGCAGCAAUUCUCCGAAAUUUUUAAAAUCAGAGAAGAGAUAUAGUAGAGAAUUUUGGUUUAAUAUAAUAUUGUUGACUGUACUUUUAACUUUACCAAAAACUGAAAAUAUAUAUUUCCACACACGCACACAUAUACACACAAAAUUUCCUGCAACGUCUCCAAAAUGUUCUUCUCAAAUUGUUGUCACGAUAACUCGCGAACAAUUGAAAUAAACCACCCAGCUCAUUUUUUCUCUCUAAUAGAAUUUUACGUAUCUGAUUAAUCAACAAUGUAUUUUGACAGAUAUACAAAAUAUGUUUUACUCCCAUUUGUUCUCGAAUUUAAGUCUCGGUACUCCAUAUGUAGUAAGGAUGGGAAUGAUCUGUUACAGAGUUUGACACAAACAAUUGAUUAUAGUUGAGAUCAGAUACAGAUUCGAACUGCGUGUGUGUGUGUGUGCGUAGACACGCGUGUACGAAUAUGCUCUGGCUUAUAUCUAUUGAUUCGCAAAAUUAUACUGGCAACAAUUUGAGAAAUACAUUUUUGGAGACAUUGCAAAAGGAUUUAAUUAUUUAUAAUGUGUGUGUGUGUGUGUGUCAAUAACUACGUAGUCUUUGAAAUUAUCAACAAAUUGUAGUUAAAAGUAUGAAAAAUAAACAAUAUUAUAUCAAACUCAAGUCCUUCUUACGUCCAACCUGCGGAUUUAACACAAAUUUGACCAUACUAAAAUAACUCUUCAGAUUUGCAUUUACACAAAUUGUCCGUGAGUUUUGCACGGGGACAAUUUCCUGUGACCGAUGUGAUUGUAAGUAGUCAAUCACUCAAAAAAAAAAAAAAAAAGCGUGAACGUAUGUGUGCGAAAAAGGAGCAUAUUUUAUUCUGCAUAUAUAUACAUAUAUCUAUAAUAUAGGAAAAUCGUGUGUUUACAUGUAAUUGCAGUAUAUCGAGCGUAUAUCAGUUUCCAUUAAAAAUAAAUUGUGAGUAUUAUCCAAAGUCUUCAAUUUCUCAAUUGUGAUCGAUGUCUACCGUAGUUAAGUUUAACAGGCAUUGAUUUCUCUCCUUUUACAUGUAAAUUUUCAGUUUCAGGAGAGAGAUACUUUGUAGCUGGAAGAGAAAGAAUCUUUACGGGUAAAAAGAAUUUUGUCUGUGUGUAGAGAUUUUUUUUUUUGUUACUUACUGAUGUAGGGGUCUGUUCGUGGUUGCUCACACGUUUUGCACUCUGUUUCGUUCUUUCUUUUCUCUUAAAGUAGCUUAUUUUUGCUUUCGAAAGAAAACGAAAAACGGAACAAAAAUUGGAGUUCUGAAUUAAUUAAUCCGAUCAAUUCAGAUUCGAUUUUACAGAAAGUUACACGCACAGGCACAGGGGCGUUUAUGCGUUUUACACAAAAAAAAGUUUAAGUUGCAGAGUGGCGCCGAUAAUAUCUCGACACACAGUGAACACUACAUAACUUCACGUGUGUAAAGGCAUUAAAAACCUUUGCUUUCUGAAUAGUUUUACAAUAGAUAUCCGAAUAUCUUAUUCUAACAAAUGGAAAAGUUAUACGACACUCGUAAAACAAUAAAUUAAUAAAAUAUAAAUUAAAUGUGAAUAAACCACAAAAUCAAGCAAAGAAAAAUGGUGAUACAUUUCGUGUAUUUCGAACUUUAACCAUACGUUUCCGUCCUUACUGAAAUUGUCAGUGAUUCACAACAACUAACGCAAGAAGAUCGCAAAGACUAAUAUAGAAACUUAAUAAAAUUUUUUUAAUAAAUUGCAAAACAAAUACAUGUUGUUAAGACAGAAAAACGACUUCGUUUUUUUAUAAUUUCGAAAUUGUAUUAAGUUUCUAUGUGAUUCUUGUAAACUGCGUGUUGAUUUUUAGAUUUUGUAACCAUUGUUGGAGCAAGUGAGGACAAAAAUGUAAAAGUUGAAAUUUGAAACACGCGUUUAAUCUUUCGUUGCUCGAUGUGACCUGCUCACAUUUUAUUUAAUCUUAUUCUAAAAUACGAAAGAGUUGCAAAAAAAGUGUAAACAACAUGAACAGACCGUGUUCAUAGCUACUUCUUGCAGAACUGUGAAUAUCAUCGCUCGCGCGAGUUUCCUCCCUCCCUUCUCCCGUUUUUUUUUUUUUUUUUUAGUAGAAAAAUUAGAUUCGAUUUUACGGAAAGUUUAUAUGUACAGGCAGGGGCGUUUAUGCGUUUUGUACAAAAAGAAAGUUAAAGCUGCACCAAUAAUGUCUCGACACAAUAAAAACUUAUACAUAACUUAUAUAUAACUUCACACGUGCAAAGGCAUUAAAAACUUCUGCUUGUAUCUAUAGCCCAGGUAUUUAUUGUGUAAACAAUUAAUUUAUACAAAAUAUUUUAUUGGAAAAUUUCUCCAAUGAUAAUUGUUAUCAUUAUACGAUUUAUUAUACUUUUACAAUUAUUAUUAUUAUUAUUAUUAUCGAGGUUCUCAUGUAAGAUCACGCGCUUUUGAACCUAUCUAUGUCGAAAUAAAAAAAUCAAAUAAAGUGUUAUCUAUUAA